AUGCCUUUGCUUGCUGAAAGCGGCAAGGGAGAUUUGCCACUCCGCUCAGGAUUCUGUGAAAGCCUCAGGAAGCUCAGAAACAGUCUAGUAAAAGCAUCUACUUGUGACGAUGCUGACCGAAAUCAAGGUCUAAGGCUGUACCUGUCAACACAGUCCCACCGCCCCAAGCGAAGCGUGACCACUGUUGGUCGCUGGCCUCACCAGAGCACAGACCAGCCCCAGGAGGAGCCCUCAGCCAGCUCUCUAGGACAGAUUAAGUUUAACCCCACGGUGCGACACAUCAUGAUUAACGAGCACAAAGAUAUCACAUUUAAUUGCUCCAUCAAAGUACCUCAGCUGCUGCUCAGGCCAGAUGCCCCAGGCAUUUCUUUGUGGAAGGACGGGAGGGAGCUGCAUGUACUGGACCGCAUUGCCACCAGCCACUUUGAGAUCUCUGAUGAGGAGGAGGUGGCAAUGACCUCCACCUUCAGCAUCCUUGCCGCCCAGCGGUCCGAUAACGGCUCCUAUGUCUGCAAACUCAACGUCUCUGGCACAGAGGUGGUGUCAGAUCCGAUCUCGGUGCAGCUGGAAGGGCUCCCACACUUCGUUCAUCAGCCUGAGAAGCUGAAUGUCACCAAGAACAGUCCCUUCAACCUCACAUGCCAAGCCGUGGGCCCGCCAGAGCCUGUGGAGAUCUACUGGUUUCGCAACAAUGUCCGAGUCAAUGAGAAGCCCCACAUCUCCCCAUCAGUCCUGACUGUGCCAGGUCUUAAUGAAACGGCGUUGUUCAGCUGCGAGGCUCACAACAGUAAAGGACUGACCGCGUCCAACCCAGGGCAGGUCAAUGUGAAAGGAAUACCAUCUGCACCUGACAGGGUGCAUGUCCUCAACCGAACAGGCAAUGGUAUUGUGAUAUCCUGGGUGCCGGGCUUUGAUGCAUUCUCUGCCUUGAACAGCUGCAGUGUCCAGGUCAAGGAAGCUGUUCCACGAAGCAAUGUCUCACUUCUGCUCCUCAGCACCUCGGUGCCUCCCCACCUGUAUCACAUCCAGCAGCUGGAGCCCAUGGUGGACUAUAACAUCCGCGUUUCCUGCAGGAAUGAAGUCGGCUGGUCGGCGUUUAGUCCCUGGAUAAGCGCCAGCACCACUGAGGGAGCUCCGACCACCCCGCCACUGAACGUCACAGUGUCAUUCAAUGAAUCCAGCUCCUUCCUGGAGAUUCGAUGGGUGAAGCCACCCCUGGGAAGGAUCCACGGGGAACUGCAGGGCUAUCACAUCUGGUACAGGUGGCAGAACUCCAAGGGGUUG